GCAAUGGUCAAUCCAUCAUCGCUCGAUUUGUCCAGGCCUACAGCCUAUGCAUGUUCUUUUGGGCUCGGUUUGCCACUGUUCGUAAGGCCAUUCUACUUCAGGCCCACAUGACACGUGGGCCAUGGAGCAUCACACCACUCCAACUAUGGCACCAAUGUGCCAAACAGACGCCAGAUACCGCUUGCACAUGAAUGUGGGCGUCACACCACAGCCAUGGCCGUCAGUCCCUCAGGCCCCGGCCUCUCGCACACUAACUCUGCUGCUGCUUAGCUCCAUGUCACUAACCGUCGAGUUCUAAGCUCGCGAUGCUGCCACUACACGAAGCAUAAUGGCGCAUUGCCACCCAUCAUGCUAGCGUCUGUUCCACCACAGAGCUUUGCUCGCCGCAGCCUUAGCUAGCUCGCCGGCCCAACGAAGCCAACCAUGAUGCGGCCCCCGUCCCCGUCCCUGUCCCCGCGAGCUGCGGGCACCCGCGCCGUCGAGCCCACCGCCCACGGUUCCUCCCCUGAGCCGUCACGGUACUCCUACUCCGCCGCCACCCCCUCGCGCGCCAGCGCCGACGACUCGUGCGUGGUCAACGACGUCGACGCCUUCGCGCGCACCAUCGCCGCCAUCCGGUCCAAGCCGCCCGCAUCCGCCGCGGCGGGCACGGGCAGCCUCGCCUCCGUCCUGUCGCACUACGCGGCGAGGUGGCUCCCGGACGCGGCGUCCUCCCCGUCCGGCCGCUUCCUGCUGCCCCCCGAGAGCCCGACCGCCUCGUGGCUCAAGAAGCGCCUCCUCCUCGAGUCCCUCGUGGCCGCGCUCCCGCCCGACGACGCCGGAGGCGGAGGCGGCGACGGCAUCACGUGCGACUUCCUGCUCCGGCUGCUCCGCGCGGGGAGCACGGUGGGCGCGGACGCCGCGCUGCUCGGGGACCUGGAGGCCCGCGCGGCGCGGCGGCUGGACCAGGCCACCCUGGGCGCCCUGAUGAUCCCGGCGUUCGGCGGGCUGUCCCGCGGGGCCACGUCCCCGUGCGCGCCGUCGCCGACGCUGCUGGACGUGCCGCUCGUGCUCCGCCUGGUGCGGGGCUUUCUCCGGGAGGGCGCCAAGGCCGGAGGGGGCGGCGCGGCGGCGGCCAGGGUGGCGAGGCUGGUGGACGCGUACCUGGCGGAGGCGGCUCUGGAGGCCGGGCUGCGGCCGGCCGAGUUCGAGGAGCUUGCGCGCGCGGUGCCGGCGCACGCCCGCGCGGCCGACGACGGGCUGUACCGCGCCGUCGACACCUACCUCAAGGCACACCCGCGCGCGAGCAAGGAGGAGCGGCGGUCGCUGUGCCGGCUGAUCGACGCGCGCAAGCUGUCGGCGGAGGCGGCCGCGCACGCCGUGCAGAACGACCGCCUGCCGGUGCGCUGCGUGGUGCAGGUGCUCUUCCUGUCGGAGCACGGCGGCGGCGGUGGGGCCAAGCUCAGCCACCACCGCCUCGCCGAGUGGACCGGCGGCUCCUUCCGCGACCUGCAACACAUCAGGAGCCCCGCCCCCGCCCUCGACCUCCCCUCCGCCGCCGUCGGGGCGACCGGCGCUCGGUGCCCGUCGAAGCGGGAGGUCGUCGCCGCGCAGCACCACGAGCUGCGCCGCCUCCGCGAGGACGUCGCCCGCCUCCAGGUGCAGUGCCACGCGCUGCAGGCGCAGGUGGACCGGCUGAGCUCGGAGGGCCGGCGGCGGCGGGGGCUGUUCGGCUGGGGCGCUGCGCUCCUGUUCCGCGGCGGCUCGGACGACUCCGAGAGCGGCGCGGACAGGACGCCGCUGAGCCGAGGGAAGCAGCAGGGCCGGCACGCGCCGACGCCGGCCACGGGCACGCCGACGGUGGCGAGGUGGCGCAGGUCACACUCCUGA